AUGCCGACCCCCUUAGAUCGGGCUCUUAACUCAAAGAAUUUGUUCCUUGGCUUUGCAGGAAUGGUCACCGCGGUGGCAGCUAUUUCCAUUUGGGGCGGUGAUGUUCUCCCCGCGCAAGCUGAUCCAACCGGAGAUCCAGAGAACUGGACGUUGGAUGAAAUCACGAGAUGGUUGCGUGCGAGAGGACUCCUACCAAAUAAGCAAGCCACACGCGAGGAGCUACUAGAGAGAGUGAAGGCGAAUCUUCGUAUCCCGCGUAAAUCGGCGGCUGAUCCCUGA